AUGUCCCAGCCAGACUCCUCCAUCUUUGCAAAUCACCCCUAUGGAGCCUUUACCUCGAUUGCUGGUCCACCCCGUAGUAUUGAACCUCGUGUUUGCACAGUCAAUCCGACGGGGGCUCUUUCAAGUGACAGAAACAUUCCACCACAAGGCGGUGUGGCGCAGACUGCCCAAGCGCCUUUUGCCUAUGAUGAAAUACCUGCCGAGUCACUUGAUUUGCUGUAUGCUUCCACUCGUAUUACUGGUGGUCAGCCCCUGCGACUACCAGUAGACUGGAAGGAUAGCAGUGCAGACACGAACCCAACCUGGCUUGCCCCCAAUAGCGCCGCGAUCAGCCACCAGCUACACCCAGCUCCGGGAAGUAGAAUCCCUCGUGCCCCUUCUAGUGCUCAUAGCCCACCAAAAUUUGAGUGCAAAUGGGAAGGCUGUUCCAGCUCCACACGUUUCAGCACUGAAGGGGACCUUGUCCGCCAUCUUAAAUCGAUCCAUAUCUCCCCCGAUGCGUAUUCCUGUUUAGUUUGUGGCCAAUCUUUUGGUAGGAAGGAUCACCUCCGUUACCACCAGAGACGCCGUCAUUGUUGCUUGGUCUGA